AUUCCAGGUAAGCGGCAUAGCCAAGGGUGCCCAACCGAUACCACCGCUACCAGUUUUUCAGGAACCAGCUCACGUCGCUGCUCUAUAAAAGCACGAGCGAGCUUUUACAUCCGGCAUUCAUACCAUGAGCAUAGAGUCGGUCACGGCGUACUCUGAAAGAAAAUUAGGCUCCUCUUCAAAGUAAAAACCAUAGCGCAUUAUUUCAUAUUCAACAGUGUUCAACGUGACCAGCUUCUUCACAUGGACAAGGACGAACGGGCUCAGAACAGAAGAUAGCUGAAUUGUGUACCUGGCAUUGUGAAGUCUACCACGGGGACGAACAACUAUUAUUUGAUAUCGCUUUCAUCUAUUAUUAAUAUAUAACGUUGGUUGAAUUGUAGGGUUGGAACAUUCGGUGAUCGAGGUCCCCACGUGAAGAGACACGACUGGACUAACACUCUCCAACGGGAACUACUUUAUACAAUAUAUCAUUUUUAUUUAAGAAAUCAGAGUGAUGAGGAAGGAAUGUCAGAUGGCUCUAUAUUUUGAGAACGUGGAACUCUCAUUUUAAAACCAGAUUUCAGGUUCAGUCUGGAAAGUGACCUAAAGAAGUUCUAAAAAACUCAAACGAACGCAAGCUAUCUUCACGAUUGAUGCACACUCAUUAAACAAGAAAACGUGACUUUUCUGUGUAUUUCUACAUUUUAUUUUAACCUCAAAUUGCGUUCCUUUUAUCUAUCUGAUUCAAGUUCAACUUGGAUUAUCUCUGUCUGUUUCGGAAUUCCUGUUCUCGAACAAAGUUCACGUUUUCUUUGUAUCCAGCGAAUCCAGCGAAUUGUCCAUCUGGGGUCGUCAAAGAGGUUUAAAAAUAAAUCUUUAAACUAAGUUCAAGCCAAACUCAGAGGAUUUAAUAAACCCGAACACGAAGGCCACAAUCCUCGUUAGAACGCUACUAGAUCUACAAGUGUGUUGUCCAUCUUGUGUUCUCAAAAGGGAGAAAAUGGCGACAUCGUUGACGUCGGUUUUAAUAACACUUUUGGUGAUCAUCGGCCAACUGAUUACAGUCAAGUCAUCAGGAUCGACGAUCAUCACCACCCUCAAUGGAUGGUCAGCAAUGGAAGGUUCAAAUUUUACGCUCGCUUGUAAGGUUAGCCUCACAAACAACGUCAUCGACGCUGACACCAUAUGCCGAACUAGGAUCCGAUUCACGAGAAACUCUACGGGAAUAGCCGAAGACACGAGGCACAUUCGCUCGGGUGCUACUCGGGAUAGCGUGACCAACCGUAUCAACUGUACCAUGACGAUAUAUCGGUUACGUUCGGAGGACUCCGGAUUGUACGGAUGCUGCUGGCCGGAUGUCGAAGGGAAUUGUUCACGUCAUCCAACCAGAAUGCUUCGCGUAAUACCCGCUACAACUACUUCCGCUCCGACGACCCCUAGCAUUACGAGUACCGAGCCGUCGACUACGCCACCGAACACACAACCGGGUAGUCGGACGCCGAGUGAACACAAUGGAAUAGUCUACCAAUCAGUCUCACCGAAAGAUGGAUCAACAUUACCAGGAGGAGAUAAUGAGGCGUAUAAUCAAAGAUCGAGAUCUUCUUCUGUUCAUAAAGCAAUCUGGCCCAUUCUUUUCGUCAUCGCUGUCAUUGUGAUUAUUGUCCUCUUAUGGAAGCGAUACGUGAAGUCGAGAUCAUCCGACGGACACACCAUCCCUGCUCAAGAGCCCGAGAGCCCGACACAUGUGGCUGUCCUUGACCACACUGUUGCGUACGACAUGGACGGUGUUGUUGCUACCACUACUACCACAACCACUACAACUGUGCUGAACGCGAACCGGACAGUCGACGAAGAGUCGCAAAGAUGAUCUCAGAUGCUUACAUAGUGGGAGUCGGAGUUUAUUGAUGGAUAGUAGACUUUUAUCAAAGCAGAAAAGUGAAAAGGACGCAAAACGCCGCCAGCCUACGAACAGCUUGACGUAAUAUUAUACCACGUCACUAUGAUUGCUGACAUGACGAUCAAUUUGAAUGGCGUCGUUUAAAAGAUUAUUAUUAUUACAAUUAUUUCAAAAUGGCGUUGAAAAUGAACCAGGCCCAUGCUGGUAUCGUGACUUUGAAACUAGACUUUUGAAUUUAAGUGCAAAAGGAUUGUGGGAACGGAGUAAUAUCUCAAGCUCUUCACACGCCGAUGGACAGCAAUCGUCGUUGCCACUAAACGCCGGGAGUACUUUCCACAGCAUCUCGAUUAACAUGUGCAUGUAUCAUGGAAUUAACCCGGAAGUAUUUGUUGAACAGGGGUGUCAUCCAAUGUGAGCGUGAUAAGAACUAGCGAGAGUUUAUUACGUCUGCGAGUUGCAGGAAAACUAGACGAAGCGAAAAAGGAAAAGAAAAUGAAGAGACUUUAUACACAUUGGGAUUUGCUCUUUGAAAUUUCAUGAGAAAAAUAGGCUUUUCGCCCCUAAUUUGUAAUGACGGGGAGGAGUAAGGUUGGUGACCUCACAGAGAAAGAUGAGGAAUAUUUCUAUAAAUUAUUGAUAGUGAUAAUUAUUUUCUUCUUAAUUAUAUCAUUGGAUUUGAGAUGAGUUAUGUUAAAGUACUACAUUACAUUCUUGUAUAUCAUUAAAAUGAAUUGUAGUCACCUAAAAUACUUUUUUUUUCUGUCUUCACACAAACUAACUUGUAUCAAGGGUUGCAAUUUUUAAUUAGUUGAAUGAAUCUUAUUAUUUUGGACAAAGUAAGUCCUACCAGAAUAUGACAGGGGAAAGUUGUAUAUUUCUAACUGUUGGCUUAUAUAUCAUUCCAUUCUAUGAAAUUUAUUUCCAAUAUGGUAUGCGUUAUCUAUAUAUGGUUUCUAUAUAAUAUUAUACUAUUAUAUACAUUGGCUUUUUUUCCAUUUCUUCCAUAAUCCUCUAUGCAAUAAUUACAUGUAGGUGAUCUGUUCUAUAUACAAUUUCACACAAGGCUGCCGAUUGCAAUUGAAGAAGUGAAAAUGACUAGAGUUUAAUUUUAUUUAAAAAAUUGUUGCCUUUGACUUGCAUUUUUUCCUGUCAAAAUGAAUAAAUAUUUGUAAUAAGAAAGCUAUUAUGUGACGUGCCACCCCAAACCAGCGAUAAGUCGUCAGUGAAUAUUUCCUGCCAAUAGCAAAAGUAGUAAUCUGGUCUUCAAAAAUUAAAAAUAAGAAAAUCAGCUUAUCUGAAAGAAUGAUUUUUCCACUUCAUGUUGUCAAAAUUUUAAGUUGUAUAGUCAAAUAUAUGACGAGAUACAAAAAUUAUUUGGCACAAUUUGUAAAGGUCCUCUUAUGGGUCCUGACACAUUUAAGAGACGGCUGUUCUGCGUCAGGGAUAUUUUGGCUGAAAUUGGAUUUCUACAACAUUUUGAUGACCUAGCUUUGAACAGAAAAGUUUACUAUUGAGAGCAUUGUGAAAAUGUUUUUUUUUUUCUGCAUACUAUGUUUAAAAAGGUGAAGUUUAUGCUAUUUGAACACCAACAAAACCCUCUCCCAAACUGAUCGAUGUAUGUCUUUGAAAUUAAUAUACUUUCUUUGAUCGGCCUUGAUAUAGGUGUCGUCCGUGUGUCUGUGAUAAAUACAAGGUUAUCGUGAAUUCAGGCAAGCUUCUGUUCGAGAAACAGCUCGAAAUACUGCCUAUUAAGGUUUAUGUACUGUCUUGUACUGUUUUAUAAGUGCUGAAAUAAAUAUUUUUUUCUACAGUAA